UUUCCUAUACACUUAUCAGACUGGAGUAUCCGCAGCUCGUUUACAGUUACCCCAUUCAACGGCAAUUAAACUUCUCCAGAUUUCGCUCGUAUCAAAUUCCGGGGUAGACUUCCGUUUUGGGCAACACCUUUUGCACCUCGGUCUGAAUCCACGAAUUUUGCUACUGCAGAUAACCAUGGCUAUGCAGCAACCGACUGCCCGAAUAAGUCCUCGGAGCAGAGUGUUUGAGCAUGGGGUUCCUCCCUCUCUACGGCCCAUCCUUCGGGCCUACGUCCUGGGCUAUGCGUCGUCGACAGUACCGAGGAUCAUGACGUUAGCGUUGCUGUACAUCGGCAGGAGGGGUAAGAAUACGCAUGGAAAGUCUGAAGAUCAUGUCUUAGUCUCUCUUGCCAAGAUUCUGAAGGGCGGACUUGAGCCUCAACGCUUUCCAACUUUCUGCGCUGCAUUAGUUGGCGGCUCAAGUUUCCUAGAGAUACCUUUGCGACGGUUCUUCGCCCUACUCUCUGAUAAGCUUUCACAGGUUACCCAACUAAGAUUAGCGAAAUGGACUGCAGCUUUCAUCGCCGGAUGGUUCAGCAUAAAACUUCUUCAAUCCAAGAAAAGUGAAGCAUAUGUGGAAAUUUUGUAUCACGAGACCGAACAUGGACGAGUACUUAGACCUACUCAUUUCGCUGGUCGAACAUUAGACCUGACACUUUUUGCUUGUCACCGGGCCGCCGAUGUGAUUGUCGGCGAGUUGUGGUCUCAACGCAAAGAUCGUAGAAUCGCUGCACAAAGUUGGACUCGGGUCGAUACGUUGGUAGGGGCUCUGACCGACCCAGCAAUAUUUACAAGUUCAUGUGCCCUAAUUAUGUGGGCUUGGAUCUAUACACCAGACCGACUCCCUAGAUCCUAUAACAAAUGGAUUAAAUCUGCAGCAGCCGUGGACCCACGUCUUGUUGAAGCUCUUCGAAAAACCCGAUAUGGUGAGAUGAAGUAUGGGCUUGAAACAGGUCAAGCACACGUCCUACAAGACAUGUGCAAGAAAUACAAGUGGCCAUUGGAUUAUGGUGAUCCCGUAAAAAGCAUCCCAUUCCCUUGCGAAAUGGUGCAUAUGGGAACAGGGAAGAAUUGCGAAUAUCAUGCAGUGUCGAGGUUCAAACGAUCUUUUGUUUGGGCUAUUUCGACAUACCUUCCCCUCAACCUGAUUCUUAUGGCGCGAAAUCCAUCUUCGAAAGGUUUCAAGGUCGCUCUGAAGUCCUCGGCGCAAUCCUCUGCCUUUCUAGGGACAUUCAUCGCUCUGUUCUAUUAUGGAGUGUGUCUUGGUCGAACUCGCCUUGGACCCAAAAUCAUCGGCACUGACGUCGCAUCUCGACGGAAAAUCGACUCGGGAAUCUGUGUCGGAGCUGGUUGUGCACUCUGCGGUUGGAGUGUUCUGAUUGAGAAUGCGAAUCGAAGGAAAGAGCUUGGUCUCUUCGUUGCCCCAAGAGCAUUAGCUACCCUUUUCCCAAGACGAUAUCUUCCAGAGCAUCAGUGGCGAGAGACGCUCGCAUUUGCCAUGAGUGUAGCAGUUGUCUUCACGUGUGUAGGCGAAAGGCCAGAAAGAGUUCGCGGCGUGCUCGGAAAGUUGCUGCAUAGAGUUUUGAUACAGUGAGACUAGCAUCUCGCUGUAUGAGUUGUACCAAAAGUCCUUUAGAAAUAGGGGUAGAGGGGAUGGGGCUGUAGAGAUUGCUGCUUGUACGAUACCAGAUGAGUUUUGACAAGACAAAUGUCCGAAGAUCUAUCGAAUGGGAGAUCCACAUCC